AUGGCCUCCUCUUCCCCCGCCCCCAGCUCCUCUGGAGCGUCUCCUCAGGGUGGAGCGGGCGGAGCCCCGCAGGAUGUACCCCCAAGGCAGGCCUCCGGUGAGUGGAUUCCCAGGGCGCGUAGGGGAGUGGGGAGCCCCCCAAGGGUCAGGGGAGAUUCUCAGGCUAGUCUAGUCCUGAGACCUAGCAUCAUUCACCCCACCCCCGACCACGCUCCACUCCAGGCCGGGCAGCCCUUCAAGUUCUCUGUCUCGGAGAUCUGCGACCGCAUGAAGGAGGAAUUUCAAUUCCUGCAGGCUCAGUAUCACAGCCUCAAACUGGAGUGUGAAAAACUGGCCAGUGAGAAGACUGAGAUGCAGCGUCAUUACGUCAUGUAUUAUGAGAUGUCCUAUGGCCUCAACCUGGAGAUGCACAAGCAGACAGAGAUUGUGAAAAGACUCAGCACCAUCUGUGCCAAGAUCAUCCCCUUUGUGAAGCAGGAGCACCAGCAGCAAGUCCUUCAGGCAGUGGAGAGAGCCAAACAAGUGACUACAGCAGAGCUGAACAGCAUUAUCGGGCAGCAGCAGUUACAGCACCUGUCACACCACAUUCCACCUGUACCCUUGACCCCCCACCCUGCAGCAGGGCUGCUAGCCCUGUCUGGAGCCCUGGCCACCCAGGCUCAGCUAGCAGCCACCACCAGUACCGCUACCAAGGAGGAUCAGAGGAUCUCAGGCACUGGGGAGACCCCAGAAGGAAGCAGAGUUGUGGGGAAGGCAGAACGUAGUCCAUCCCCUUCACCGCCAGAGAGCCUAGUGGAGGAAAAGUGGCUCAUUGGUCAGACACACAAACAGGAAGAGAAAGAUGCUCUGAGAAACUAUGACAGUGACGGUGACAAGAGUGAUUAUAAUCUGGUGGUGGAUGAGGAUCCUGUUUCUGAACCCCCCAGCCUGGUGCCCACACCCAGCCCGAAGAUACUAAGCCACCCAGAUCUACCUGACAGCUCAGCCUCUUUGGCCUCGAGCCAGGCCACACUGACCCCUAAAGGCAAGGAUCCCAGCCUGGUAAGGACUCCAACGGGCAAGCCCAGCAGCCCCUCCUCCUCCCCAGACGCCUCCACCCCUGGCCCCAGCUCUGCCAGCCACCUCCGUCAGCUUGGCACCAAACCACUGCCUGCCACAGACAGCACUGCCUUGAGGACUCCCCUAACCCUGUCUGGCCCCUUCACUGCAUCCUUUGGCAUGGGACCCCACACGCUACUCAAUGGGGACCUCGCGGUGCCUAGUUCCUACAUGAGCCUUCACCUGUCCCCACAGGUCAGCGGCCCCAUGAUGUUCGGCCACUCCCCCAUGCAGAUGGAAACUGAAUCUCACUCCCACAUCCGGGUAUCUGCCCUCUCUUCCACCUUGCCUGGCUUCCCUGGGGGAAAGCUGGCUUACUCCUUCCACGUGUCUGCUGAUGGGCAGAUGCAGCUAGUGCCCUUCCCAUCAGAUGCCCUCCUGGGCACAGGCAUUCCCAGGCAUGCCAGACAGCUGCACACCCUCACCCACGGUGAGGUCGUCUGUGCUGUCACCAUCAGCAACUCCACCCAGCACGUCUACACGGGGGGCAAGGGCUCUGUGAAGGUGUGGGACGUGACUCAACCAGGCACCAAGACUCCAGUGGCACAGCUCAACUGCUUGAACCGGGACAACUACAUCCGCUCCUGCAAACUGCUGCCAGAUGGACGGAGCCUGAUCGUGGGUGGGGAAGCCAGCACCCUGUCCAUCUGGGACCUGGCAGCCCCUACCCCCCGCAUCAAGGCUGAGCUCACAUCCUCGGCACCCGCCUGCUAUGCCCUGGCCAUCAGCCCUGAUGCCAAGGUCUGCUUCUCCUGCUGCAGUGAUGGCAACAUUGUUGUGUGGGACCUGCAGAACCAGGCCAUGGUCAGGCAGUUUCAGGGCCACGCAGACGGAGCCAGCUGCAUUGACAUCUCUGACUGUGGGACUCGGCUGUGGACAGGCGGUCUGGACAAUACUGUGCACUGCUGGGACCUGUGGGAGGGCCGCCAGCUUCAACAGCAUGACUUUGGCUCCCAGAUCUUCUCCCUUGGCCACUGCCCCAACCAAGAGUGGCUGGCGGUGGGUCUGGAGAGCAGCAUGGUGGAGAUUCUGCAUGCCCGCAAGCCAGAGAAAUACCAGCUCCAUCUGCAUGAGAACUGUGUGCUCUCCCUCAAAUUCUCCUCCAGCGGGAAGUGGUUUGUGAGCACAGGGAAGGACAACCUUCUCAAUGCAUGGAGGACACCCUAUGGAGCAAGCAUCUUCCAGUCCAAAGAGUCAUCCUCUGUCCUCAGCUGUGACAUCUCCGGCAACAAGUACAUUGUGACAGGCUCAGGUGAUAAGAAGGCCACUGUGUACAAGGUGGUAUAUUGA